AUGUAUCAUAAUCAGCCUCAGCCUCAGCCUCAGCAUUCGCAUCUGGCGGCGUAUCGUUAUGGUUGAGAUACAAAAGCCGCAUUCGGCAUUGAAGCGACCAUCGCUCAAACGUGAAACGGUCGUUGUAAACAACAGCAGUGCCCCAACCAUCAAGAAGGUGACUCUGGUGCCCAAGGAUGAGGAGCUGGUGGCAAUAUCGCCCGAACGUCGAAAUUGGCGUGGAAUAUUCAUAGCCCUCCUGGUAAUCGCUGCCGUCUUUAGCCUGAUCAUAUUCUCAAUAUUUCUGCUAUCGCCGGAGGAUGAGGGCCUCAGGAUCCGCGGUCGUCGCAUGCUACCCAGCGAUAUACUCGGCAAGAGCCUGCAGUGGAAGCCCUUCAAUGGCACUUGGAGUAAUGAGCAUGAACUCAUUUAUCGCGAUCCAACGGGCGGUCUGUCCAUACUCAACAUGGCAGAUCUCACCACACGCAUUCUAAUGACAAAUUCGACAUUUCGGCAAUUGAAUGCAGAAUCGUUUCUUGUGGCACCGGACCAGAAAUAUGUGCUCCUGCAGUCGGACAGCAACUCAGAGGGUUCCAGACAUCACGUGUAUGAGGUACAAACGGCCAACACAUUUCCCUUGGGACCAACAGAGAACAUUGCCGAAGCGCCGCGUCUCCAGCAUGUCGUGUGGGCACCCAUCAAUCCACCUCCGCCAUCAUCUGCAGCUUCAGCAGCCACAACAUCCACCAUGGCACCGCUGCCCAGUGGCAGCAUCAUUCUGAAUAGCCUGGCCGGUGCGGCGGCAGCCGGUGGCAAGACAACAACACCGCCAACACCGGGCUCAAGCUCAGGUGGCAAUGGGGCUGGCAGUGGCGUUUACACGCUCAAUCAGGCCAUUGCCUUUGUGCACCACAACGACAUCUACUACAAGCCAAAGGUGCAGGGCGAGCUGGUCUGCCGCAUCACACAGACGGGCAUGGGUGGAGUUUUCUUUAACGGCGUGCCCGACUGGACGUACGAGCAUGUCCCAGAGCUGGAUAGCCGACGGAGCGGCAUGGCCUUCUCGCCAGAUGGCCUCUUCCUCGCAUUUCUCAGCUACAAUGACAGCGAUGUCAACGAGUACAAGUACACCUGGAUGGGCGAUGACAUCAAGUAUCCGGCCGUGUUGAGCCAACGGUAUCCAAAGACUGGUGCCAGGAAUCCCAAUGUCACCGUCAACGUGGUGAAUCUAUCGGUGAUCAAGUAUAUAUUUCCGACGCAAAUCAAACUGCCAGCGGAUCUGGCUAACGGCAGCUAUGUGGGUGGAUUGACAUGGGCCUCGCCCAUCGAUCUCUCGGUGACGGUGACGAAUCGCGACCAAACGAAGGCCACCACUGUCAUAUGUCGGGCUCCGAGCUUCCACUGCCAGGUGGUGCACACGGAGGUGACCAUCAACGAUGGCUGGGUGCUGCCCGCCGAGCGGCCCAUUUUCUCCGCCCGCAUAGCUGCACAGAUGCGACAGGGACAGGGCCAGGGCCAGCGGCAGUUCCAGUUCCAGUUGCAGCUCCAGUUGCAGGAGUCGGCAACGAUGUCGGCCAUGGGCAGCAACGAUUCGCUGGCGAACAAUGUGAGCAAUGGGCAAACCACCUACGAGAUCACCAAUGGUGGCUACCUGCUGAAGCGGCUCCCAGUGCGGGAUGGGGAGCACGGACACUACCGGCAUGUGGUGUUCAUCUCAUCGCUGGACCGGCGGCCAGUGCCCCUGACCAUGGGUCGCUUUGAGGUAACCGAAAUAGUCGGCUGGGACGAGCCGCGCGAGAUUGUCUACUUUAUGGCAGCGCCUGAGAAGCGGCCGGGCGAGCGGCAUCUCUACAAGAUCAGCCUCAAGCUGAAUGUCACCGAAUCGAAUCGCACGUACAUCACCUCCACACAGCCCACAUGCCUGACGUGCGACAACACGGAGGCCACCUACCGCCUGCACCGGGCCAAUCCCUCGAAGAUGCCAACGCGUGGCGACAGCUGGGAGGACAUUGUGGCCCGACUCGAGCCGGACGACUGCAUCUACGACAUACCCAAGAACUGUCUCUACAAUCGGGUGCAGUUCAGCGGCGACUACAGCUACUACGUGCAGGAGUGCCUCGGCCCAGAGGCGCCCAGCGUCUACCUGGUGGAGACGGCCAGCAAUGACAAGAUCUUUGUGCUCAACGCUGGGGAUGUGCUCAGGCAUCGCCUCUCCCAGCUGGCCAUACCACAGAUGCGGACAUUCAGUGUGGAGAUUCGCCAUGGCUUCCAUGCCCAGGUGCGACUCUUUCUGCCGCCAGGCAUGCGCGAGGAGGAGGAGGUUGCCUUCCCCCUGGUGCUGCAUGUGGAUGCCUCACCUGGGUCACAGUUGGUCACCGAACGCUUUCACAUUGACUGGAAUUGGUACUUGUCCAGCCAGCGGAGCUUCAUUGUGGCACAAAUCGAUGGACGCGGCAGUGGCUUCCAGGGCGAACUGCUGCGCACUCAGGUGCAUGGCAAAUUGGGCACCGUCGAGGUUGAGGAUCAACUGGGUGUACUCACAUACUUGCGUGACAAUCUGAAGUUCAUUGAUCCCUUGAGAAUCUGCGCCUUUGGCUGGGGCUAUGGCGGCUAUGCAUCGGCCAUGAUGCUCAUAGAUGACUCCCAGCAGGUGCUCCAGUGUGCGGUGUCCAUCAAUCCCAUUGUGAACUUUGGAUUCCACUAUUCGUUCUUUACGGAACGUUAUAUACCCUUGAAGGGCGACUAUCUGCGGGCACUGCAGGAGGCGGAUCUCACCAUGAAGGCGGGCAACAUAAAGGGACGAAAUCUGAUGCUGAUGCAUGGCACCGCGGAUACUUUGGUGCAUCAGGAGCACACGCUGAUGCUGGUGCGGGCACUGGUCGAUCAGCAGGUCAAGUUCCGGCAUCAGGUGUAUCCGGAUGAGGAUCAUGCGAUCGGCAGAUCGCUCAGUCAUGUGUACAAGACCAUGGAAUGGUAUUUCGAUGAGUGCUUCGGGCCCGUCGACGACAACGAGUGGGACCCCACGGGUCUGUUUGUGUUCAAACAAUAAUUAAGACCCCCCUACGAUCCUUACGACGAGGAUCCGCUGGCCAAUCAGCUAAGCGACAUCGACAUUGAUCCCGAUCGCGGCAGCAGCAGCAGCAGCAGCAGCAGCAGCAGCGGCAGCAACCUCAGCACCCUCAUCACGGCCACCACCACCAGUGCGUCGCUCUCCGCUCUCGACGAGCUGGACAACAGCCUUCUGGUGCUCGAUCUCAUGACCUCCUCAAG